GUGUUUCCGGGUCACGCAGGCGCCAUCUUGUGAUUGUCGUUGGGCCAGGCGCUGGUUUUCUGGCGGUUUUCUGUAUAGACCCGGCGCUACCACAGUCUCCUUCUAACCUCCUACUGUUCGGACACUAGAUUGAUUUGUAGCGAUGAGUUACGGCCGAAUGCCCCCCGAUAUCGAAGGGAUGACUUCACUGAAGGUGGACAACCUAACUUACCGCACGUCGCCCGAGACGUUGAAGCGCGUGUUCGAGAAGUACGGCAAAGUGGGCGACGUUUACAUCCCCCGAGACCGCUUCACCCGGGAGAGCCGCGGCUUCGCCUUCGUCCGGUUCCACGACAAGAGGGACGCCGAGGAUGCCAUCGACGCCAUGGACGGCGCGAUGCUGGACGGCAGGGAACUGAGGGUGCAAAUGGCGCGCUAUGGCCGCCCGGCCGAGUCACACCGCCGAGGAGGCUCGUCCCGACGUUACGGUGGCGCCUACGGCAGGAGAAGCCGCAGUCCUAGAAGACGACGUCGAUCCCGUACAAGGUCCAGAAGUCGAACUAGAUCAAGAUCCCGCUACAGCAGGUCCAGGUCUCGCACCUAUUCUCGAUCUAGAUCUCAUUCAAAAUCGAGGUCUGUUGAAAGAUCAAGAUCGAAGUCAAAAUCUAAAUCAAAGUCAAGGUCUCGGUCUGUAUCAAGAUCUAGGAGUGGAUCGCAAAUGUCUCGAGGAUCAAAGUCAAAAUCCCGGUCUAAAACCCCCAUAUAUUCAAGAUCUCCACAGAAAGAUGGAAUUGAAUCACCGUAAAAAAGUGGUAAAUUGCACCAAAGUGAGUAAAUACACUAAAGUAGUAGCAUUAUUUUUUGAAUCAUUCUCGAAAGUAAAAAUGCAUAUUUAUGGCUUUAAGGGUGAAUGAAUGACUAAACUAUUAAAGUUGCUUUUGGUUAUUGAGAAAUUCUUAAAGGGGAGGUCUUGAUGCUGACUCCAUUGAAUUUCCAUUAUUAGUCAUGGGGGAUAAUUUCCCAACUACCGUUUUGUAGUUGAAACCAUUGCAUGUUAGUUUAUCAGUAUGUAUGUACCACUGUUUGUGCAGCUGAAACGUUAAUUCCUGAAUGCCAAUUCCACACGGACAGUUAGUAAAUAGUACUGCAGACUGAGUAAUCCUGCGUACUUGCAUAAUUUGUGAAUUAAUGACUUCAGUUUGAUCAACAUCAAGGAAUGAAAGUUCUGUCAUUUCCUCUUAAAUGUGACAUUUUUGAUUGAAAAUCUGCAGUGUUGUGUAUUGACCAUGAGCCAUUGUGAUGCUGGUGGUUACCUCUUUGACACCCGCUUUGGUUAGCAUCAGUGUGGGGGGGGUGGUGAAGAAACAUUUCUGUGGAGAUAAUUCCUGCUUUUAUAUUUUAAAAAGUGUUUGAGGAAUUGAUUAACUUGCAUUUUUUCCUAUUUAGCAGGGCUACUGGCCUGGGGGAGUUGCUGUGCCCAGCAGUGUGAGAGCUGAAUGAGCAAACAGUUGAAAUAACAGUUGAAGUCAUGAUGCCAAGAUGCUGUCUCUUCUGAUAAUUUGGCUCCUUCACACUUCAGGCACAGUAACUUAUUCAAACCAUUUUCCUUAGUUUGUCAUCCACAUUCGGAUUUGAACAGCAGCAGAAAAAAAAGAACUCAAAAAAUAUGGUACUUCAUGAUCUUUCUUUUAAAGAAGUAGUGAUAUGGAUAUUAAAUUUUUAUAAAAAUGAUGUAUGCUGCUGGUUCCUCUUGUGGCUGGAGAGACUUUGUGAGCCCUGUGCACUCAAAUCUUGUGAAUAAUUUUCCUGUCUGAAGCUUAAUGGUAGGUAAAAGCUGUUCCAGGGAUGAAUUAGAGUCUGGAAAAAAAAACCCAAGCAGAGCCAAAAACAAAUUAGAAUAACAUAAGAAUGAGAACAUCAGAAAUGGAAAAGAAAGUGGUUUAUGGUUCAGAUUGCCUCAAUCUGAUUGCCACUUGUUUUACUGAACAAAGUGAGACUUUGACCACUCCCUCCAAAUUUUGUAGUUCACUUUUUUUUUGAAAUGAAUACCCAAGUGGGCAGAAGAUAUUUAAAUUUAAAAUUUUAAUGAUUGAAGUAGAUUUUAGAUCAUGUGGGAAUUUUAUUUUUCUAAUUUUGGCAGGAGUAGAUUCCUCAAAACUCUAGAGAAAACAGGCCCAGUUUUCUCAAUCACUUUUGAAAUUAUGCAGCAGGUUAUGGACACAAUAACACAAUAUUACAUUGAAUAGUUUUUCUGACACUUAUUUUCCACAGUAAACCUGAACACUGUCAACGAUGCACCUUGUCGUCAACCUUGCUUUUCCACUGAUUCCCUUCACCAGAAGAGUAAUUAUUAACUUGUACAAUUGCAGGCAUAUCACUGGCCUUGUUUGAGUGGUUAUGCUGUCAUUGGGCCAAGUGGUCACUUUGCUUUCUGUCCUCCACUCUUGAGUGCUUGACCUCGUGCACUUCUUUUUACCCCGUACCUUUUCUCGCACACAGAACUUCGCUUAGUCUGCACCCUUUCUUUCUGUACUCUCUCCCAUGUUUAUUUGACUUUGCAUCUAACUUCAGCCUGCAACAACCAACCAAUCAUUUCUAUAACCAAGCAGUGGAACCUCUGAUGUUGGAGUGCUUAGCAGUAGUCAUCUACAGUUGGGUGACACCUGGGGUUUUGGGGCUUCAUGAGGGAUUUCCAUGCACAAUCGAUAUCAUUGUAUGACAGGUUUAAAAUCAUUAAGUUGGUUCAAUAUAUGCAUUAAUAUGUUCCAUAUCUUAAUACUCUUUUUAAUCACCAAAUGGUAAAUGUCAAACUUCAAACCUUCAUGCUAUCUCUCAUCUUAUGUUACAAUACGUUAUCUUGUUUAAUUCCACAAUCCCCAUUUUUGGAAGUAAAAUGCCUAGGAUUGAAAUGUUACCUUAUUAUAAAAGUGAAGUCAUUAUUUUCUAUCUUUUAAACGUUUUUAUUUGCAAUUGUUAUUUUAGCUUGAAAUAUUUGUUUGAAUGGAAAACACCUUGGUUCACAAUGCAAGUCAUUUUUUGGACAUUUACAUUGCUGAUUGCUGCAGAUGCUCAAUGAAUGGUGAAACUGCAUCUUGCUACCAUGACAGCAACAGAUUACAAAUAAUCAUGUCAUGUGAAUCUUUUUUAUCCAAAGUAAGGUUUUAAUUUAUUGUAACCUAACAUUUUUCAAAGGUCGUAACACAACAUGGCACAAACACUUUGGACCUAAAAUUUGAGAAUCACAAAUUUAAUAUAAUCUUCGUGUUAUUUUUGGCAAGGCUACAAAUAUUGCUCGGCCCUGGUUGCACUGAGAUUGUGGUGAUGGAUCAUCUUUAACUGCUGCAGUCUUUGUAGUAGAUUCACAGAAUAGUACAGUUCAGAUGCUUGAGUGGUAUUGGGUGGGGUCUUAAGAUUUUUAUCCAGCAAUGAUGAAGCAAGUUAUUUUUAGUCCCAAGUCAGAAUCCUUUCGUGUCUCUGGGAUCAUGAUGAUGUAUCCAUGAUUUUGCUUCUCAUGUUCUUCAGGGUGGGAGAGGUCUUGUGGCAGGUAGGUGCUGUUGGAGUAAGCUUGAUGAGUUGAUAUACUGCAUCCUGAGGAUUAUAUGUACUGCAGUCGCAACAAUACACUGGUGAAGGGAUGGAUAUUGAGUUCACUGGCAAGGGUGCUGAGCAAGCGGAUUACUUUGUCUUGGAUAAUGCCACUUUUCUUCAGUUUUGUUGUGGCUGCAUUCACCCAGGCAACUGGUGAGUAUGUUAUCAAGCUCCUGACUUUCAAGUGUGGAGUUAAUAUAGAUAUUGAAGUCUUGGUUUAAUAUUACGAUUACAAUGCAGUCAGGUACAAGCUGAUAAAACAAACUCUUCUUUGUCAACCGUUAAAAGGAUUGUAUUUAAAUGAUGACAGAUAUUGUCUUCUAAAUGAAAUGAUUGGUAAUUACAUCUGCAUGACAGACGAGCAUUUUAUUCAACUUGCUAAUGAGUAUUGCCAGUUGUCACCAGCAUCCAUUUUUUUCUCUGCAUGAGAAAGUUGUUGAUUUGGUUUUACUUAAAAAUUUGAGGUUUAAUAUUAAUGGAUACAAAUAUCCAUAGAAUGGAUACAAAAUGAAAGAAAGGAAUUGCAAUGAAGUAUUAAGGCAUCUAGAAUUUUUGGUUUUAUAGAUAAUACUGUAGGUUUUAAUCAUGAUAGUGGUGAUAUCAAGACUUGUUUUGUGAUACUAAGUGGGAAGUUACACAAGACUGGAAUUGAAAAUUGCACUUUGUAAAUAAUUUUUAUUGGAUUGUGUUUGGUGUUCCAGAAAUCAUAUUAAUAUUCUGUUUAUGCAGAGUUUUAUUUGCAUGAUUUCAAAGCUUUCAAAAAAGUUUUUAGACAAUUUUUCAUUCAGCAAUUGCAAAAUUGUUAGUAUUAGCUGCCUUACUAUUUCCUGUGCUAACAUUUUGACGUUAUGGCAAAUUAAAUAUUUGUUCCAGAGGCAGCCUUCAGUGAGGCAUACAUGCAAGCUUUGAUAGUUGAAAUGGUGUUGGACCUUUUUGUUAUUUAGUUGUUCAUAUCCAAUAUCAUGUUACCUGAAAGUUGCCCUCGAGAAUCCCAUAAGUAUAAAUUUAAUGGAAUGUACUCUUUGGGUGAAGUAUACUUUUUAAAAUUUAAUUAUCCUGUUGUAAGAACAAAAGGGAAAAGCUUUUGUGCUGAACAGGUGGACCCCUGUUUGAACUAAGUGUAACUUCUACAAUUCUAGUAAGCAAGGUUAUUUUGGAUAUUUUUUAACAUUUGUGAAGGAGAUUUUUUAAAAAAGUUUAAUUUGUCUGUUUGUUCUAGAUAUUCUGGAUGGCUGGAAGAUUUACAUGGUAGAUGCCUUGCAAGAAAUACCAACUCUUGACAACUGUUUAGGUGGUGGAGAGACCUUCCUAAAAUAAGCAGUGAUCUACUUAAAAGGCGCAGUUGUGUAGCAGUUCUGUAAAGCGGGUUAGCUGUAAGGUGGCGUGUUGCAGUGCAGUGCAGAGUGCUUGGCUGUGUCCUGUAUUCUCCUGAUUGCUCCUGUAAUGAUGCCUUGACGUGCAGAAAAUAUGGCUGUCCAGUAAAAUGCCUGUCAGCUGCACCUCCAGAGACGUGGCUGCGUGUAAAUUAUGGAGCAGGCAGUAAGCACCUUUAGCUACCUUGUUUUUGUACUUGGUAAUGUGGUUUAUCCAUUACCACAUGGAAUACACUGUUUAGAAUGCUGUUAAUUUUUGAAAUUGAGUGUAAUUAACAGUUUUAUUAGCUUCAGUACAUGAAUCCUGUACAACUUGUAUGUCUGUAAUGAUAUUAAAGAUUUUUUUUCUUGGUGUUAA